CACAGCAAACAGAGAGGCUUUCUUUUUCUUCCUCUUAGCUAUUAACUUCCCUGUUUUUACAUACACAUUUAAAACAGUACAGCUCCUUUGCCGCUGCCACCUAAUAACCUCCUGGAUAUUAACAACAGGAGUAAUCCAGUGGAUCACAAUGAAUCCUGUGGUACCAGAAGACAUUAAGGACCUGUUAGCAGACUUUGAAACAUUCAUAUCGGAUGUCUUAAAAGGGGAGAACUUGUCAAAGAAGGCAAAAGAUAAAAGAGAAGCCUUGCUGAAGAAGAUAAAAGAUGUGAAGAUUAACUACCCACAUGAGUUUCAAGACAGAGGAGACUCAGAUGAGUUGGAUGAAAACGAAGCGUUUGCUCAUGCUCAGGAUGCAGUUUCACUUGCCUCUGAUCGAGAUAAAGAUGAUGAGUUGCCCUCAGAAGGAAACUUGUAUCCACCUGUCGCAGCUCAGGACCUUGAAGCUAUAAAGAGAGGCUACCUCGAAAAACGUCGGAAAGAUCACAGCUUUUUUGCUUCUGAAUGGCAAAAGCGUUGGUGUGCUGUGAGUAACUCCAUCUUCUAUUACUAUGGAAGUGACAAAGACAAACAGCAAAAAGGUGAAUUUUGUCUGGACGGGUACAUUGCGAGAAUAAACAAUUCUCUGCGGAAGGAUGCAAAGAAAGACUGCUGUUUUGAAAUCUUCGCUCCUGAUAAACGUGUCUAUCAGUUUGCGGCUGCCACUCCCAAAGAAGCAGAGGAAUGGGUUAAUGCCAUCUUAUAUCUGAAAGAUGGUGAUGAGGUGUAUGACGAUGUGACUCAAGAAAAUUCUGCUGGAAUAUCAGCUGUUCCUCCUGUUGAAGACGAUAUUUAUGAAAUACUUCCAGAUGAAGGCAGUAAUCCAGUUGUUGAAAAGGAGACCCAAAAACUCAGCCAGGCUUCCCCAAGCACCACUUUAGGAAAAGACAAAGACUAUGCAAAUUUCUACAGAGGUCUGUGGGACUGUACUGCAGAUCAUCCGGAUGAGUUAUCUUUUAGACACGGUGACGUUAUAUACAUCAUAAGCAAGGAGUACAAUACAUAUGGCUGGUGGGUAGGAGAAAUGAAGGGAACCAUUGGCUUGGUGCCUAAAGCCUUCAUAAUGGAGAUGUAUGAUAUUUGAGAGGCCUGGGAAUCAUCUUUAAUUAGAAUCGAAAAAUAAGAAGAGUAUCUUAGAGUGUUUAAUUAAUUACCGUGUGACAUCUUUUAGUGCAUCGUUAAUUCCACCGCGUUAUGUUUUUACAGAUUUGAAUAAUAAUUUUAGAGAGAUAAAAAUGAAAUACAUCUGUGAUUAGGAUGACCUGAAGCACACUGUAUGUUGAUUAAACCUGUUUUGCAACUGUUAUAGCAACAAUAGCCAACAUUUUACAUGAAAAUAUGGAAAUCUUCCACAAGAAAUAUUUUUAAUUAACAAAUAUUUUUUUUAAUGUACAUUGCAGAUCUAGAUUUUUUCCCUCAUCUAGUGAUAUGAUAUGACAUUCCUAGAUAUUGACAAUAUGUAUUUUGUAUUUUUAAUAUUUUAAUAUUUUUUACAAUUUCAAAAGAAAACAUAUUUGACAUUUUGCAAAUAAUAGUAAUGUAUCAUCUAAAAAAAAAAUAAAGAUUAUUUUAAAAUGUUAAAAUUAGCUAUAAUGUUUCCCUAAGAUUUAAAUAUGUGCCAUUCUUGCAAUGCAAAUUCAUUGCUUGCGUUGAUCUUUUUACACUGUAUGUUACACUUUGGACAUAAUAAAAUAAUUAAUUUAAUAAAAGAGCUAUUAAGUUACAUGAUAUCUUAACAACUAUAAUUUGUUGCUAAGCUGGACCUGUAAGUAUUUUUCAGUUUUAUCAUGUAACACUUCUUGAAUUGUACUGUAGAAAACUAAUUUAUUGUAUAUGCAUAGAAACAGUUAAAUUUUAGCCAAGUAAAUAUACAUAGGUGUUACAUAGGGUUAAUAAAUCAUGCUCUGAAUAUUAAAUCAGAUGCACUGUGUUUAGUGACCAGCAGGUGGCAGAUGUUAAACGAAAAUGGUGAAUUUAAAUUCCCCUUAGCCCAGCCCCAAACUUUUUUUUUUUUAUUAUUAUUUGGUGGGUACAUAGAUACAAAUUCAUGUCACUCUAAAAUGAGUUUGUAGUCUUUCCUCCUGAUGCCCAGGAGAGGGAGCACUACAACUGCUGAUCAACACUAUGACCUGACCUUUAAUGCUUGCUCAUAAUAAAGUAUUAACUUAGAAAUCAACUUUGGUUUGAGCACCUAAGUAUACUGCCUUAAAAAAUACAUUAUUUUUGGCAUAUUAUUAUUAUUAGUAUUAUUAAAAUGUGUAAUACUUUAUCUACUCCUGGUGCAUGCUUAUUACCCUGAAUAGUUGAAAGAAGGGUAUUAUAAUUUUCUUCUCAAUACCUUUAUUUUUUCACCAAGAUGUAUAAUUUCAAAUGUCAGAAUUGCAAUAAAACCAUGUUCUGUUCAAAUUAUAUUAUUCUUCUGUUCAGCCUUAAAUAUGUUCCACCCUGCAAAUUUCUAAGGUUCAAAUAAAGUUUAAUUGUUUGCAAA